CGCGCCACUUCACCGCAUCACUUUUUACUUACUUAAUUCCUUCGUCCCGGCGAGAAGAGCCGAACGUGCUCAGGCACCUCACCAUGGACACCGCAGACGCCACCGUCCAAGGCACCGGCGCCGGCGGCCGUGUCCUGCUCCUGCCGUUCCCGGGCAUGCAGGGCCACGCCAACCCCAUGCUCCAGCUCGGCCGCCGCCUCGCCCACCACGGCCUCCGCCCCACCCUCGUCCUCACCCGCCACGUCCUCUCCACCACCCCCGCCCCCACCCAAUGCCCCUUCCCCGUGGCCGCCAUCUCCGACGGCUUCGACGCGGGCGGCAUCGCCUCGUGCGCCGACACCGCAGAGUACCUGCGCCGCAUGGAGGCCGCCGGCUCCGACACGCUCGCGUCGCUCCUCCUCGCCGACGACGUCCGGGUGCUCGUGUACGACUCGCACCUGCCGUGGGCGCGGCGGGUGGCGCGGGAGGCCGGCGUGGCCGCGGCCGCGUUCUUCACGCAGAUGUGCGCGGUGGACGUGGUGUACGGCGAGGUCUCCGCGGGGCGGGCCGCGCUGCCGCUCGCGGACGGGCGCGCGCUCCGGGGGAGGCUCUCCGUGGAGCUCGGGCCGGACGACGUGCCGCCGUUCGUCGCCGCGCCGGCGUGGUACCCUGCGUUCACCGAGUCGGCGCUGUCGCAGUUCGACGGGCUGGACCAGGCCGACCACGUGCUCGUCAACUCCUUCCGCGACCUCGAGCCAUUGGAGGCAGAUUACAUGGAAUCGAAAUGGGGCGCAAAGACCGUCGGCCCGACAUUGCCAUCGUUCUACCUAGACGAUGAUCGUCUGCCAUUGAACAAGACCUACGGCUUCAACCUCGUCUCAAACAUGGCUCCAUGCAUGACAAUGGCAUGGCUCGACAAGCAGGCUCCUUGCUCUGUGCUUCUUGCAUCCUACGGUACAGUCGCCAACCUCGAGACGACCCAACUAGAGGAGCUAGGCCAUGGAUUGUGCAAUUCUGGACAGCCUUUCCUUUGGGUGCUGAGGUCCAACGAGGCAGAUAAGUUGCCCCAGGAACUCCAUGAAAAAUGCAACAACAAAGGCCUAAUUGUUCCAUUUUGCCCUCAGCUGGAGGUAUUGGCUCAUAGAGCAACAGGUUGCUUCUUGACACAUUGUGGAUGGAACUCCACAACGGAAGCAAUUGUCACUGGUGUGCCCAUGAUUGCAAUACCGCAAUGGGCGGACCAACCGACCGCUGCAAAGUAUGUGGAGAGCGCGUGGGGAAUCGGCCUGCGUGCGCGUCGAGACCAGAAAGGGUUGGUGAGAAGGGAAGAGAUGGAGAGGUGCAUCAAGGAGGUGAUGAGUGGAGAAGAGUAUAAGAGAAAUUCUUCUAAGUGGAUGCAGAAGGCCAAAGAGGCUAUGCAGGAAGGAGGGAGCUCUGACAAUAACAUUGCAGAUUUUGCAGCCAAGUACUCCCUCCGUCCCAUAAUAUAAGAACGUUUUUGACACUAGUGUAGUGUUAAAAACGUUCUUAUAUUUUGGGACAGAGGGAGUAUUUAUCAAAUUAAGACCAUUUUCCACUGAGAGAUAAUCCUAAGUUACUAAGCCUGCACUGAACGUUUUGAGUCUCUUUUGUUGUAAAACCGACCGGUUGCUAAUAAACCGCUACUUAUUGAGAUAUGGAACAAUGAAAAUAAGAUAUCUGAUUAGUAA